AUGUUGAAGCUAGCUCUGUUAUCCGUACUGUACGUGUGUGCCAUCGCUACACCGCUCACUGAUCCUAUUCUGGAUGAAGAGUGGACAAUUUUUAAGAGGACAUACAACAAGCAGUAUGAAGAACAUGAGGAGCUGAUGAGACGUAUAAUCUGGGAAGAUAAUGCCAGAUAUGUCCAGAAGCACAAUCUGGAGGCUGCAAACGGACUUCACACCUUUACAACUGGAAUGAACGAGUACGGAGAUCUGACAAGUCGUGAGUUUGUAAAAAUGAUGAACGGUUUUAUCAUGCGCAACUCGACGUCAUCACUCAUCUUCGAUGCAUCUGACGCAACAGUCACCGAUGAUUCAGUAGACUGGAGGACAAAGGGCUACGUCACAGAGGUCAAAAAUCAGGAACAAUGCGGGUCUUGCUGGGCAUUUUCUACCACCGGAUCACUGGAAGGACAGACUUUUAAAAAGACUGGAAAACUGGUUUCCCUGUCAGAACAGAAUCUCGUUGAUUGUUCCAAGAAACAGGGAAACCACGGAUGCAAAGGAGGUUUAAUGGACUUCGGUUUUAAAUACAUACAAGAGAACAAGGGAAUUGACACGGAAGAGUCAUACCCUUACCGUGGAAAGGAUGGUAAGUGCAAGUUCGAAGCCAACAACGUUGGUGCAACUGACACAGGUUUUGUUGACGUAAAGAGUAAAAGCGUCUCAUCCCUGCAGCAGGCAGUAUCUACCAUUGGACCAAUUUCCGCUGGUAUGGACGCCAGUCACCCAUCAUUCCAGCUAUACAGAUCAGGAGUAUACAAAGAACGCAAGUGUAGCUCCACUAAGCUAGAUCAUGGAGUCCUUGUUGUUGGGUACGGAUCGGAAGGUGAAGAGGAUUAUUGGAUCAUGAAGAACAGCUGGGGAAAAUCCUGGGGAAUGAAGGGUUACUUUAACAUCGAAAGGAGCGAGAAAAAUAUGUGUGGAAUCGCAACACAGGCCAGCUACCCUACCGUUUAA